AGAAGAAGGGGUUGAUACAGUAAUUUAACAAUAAUUUAUUUUAAAACAUUUAAAGAGUUUGAAGUACAGAUAAUUUUUAUUUUAUUUUUUGAAAGACAGAUCAUAUAGCAGUCGUGUUGCUCUUCAUCGUAGUUAUCGUCGCUGAUUCACCAACAACAACAACAUCACAAGAAAGCGUCCUCUUUUAUAGGACCCUCUGUCCCUGUUUCUCUCUCCAGUUUUAUUGUAGAAUUCGCUGUCAUUUUCACAACGACUCACUUCUUUCAGCUCUCUCCAUUCGGCGCUCUCUUCUGGAAUUGAAGAAUCAAGCAAUGGCCCAUACAUCAGAAUCUGUGAAUCCUAGAGGUAACAAAACACUUUCAUUAGUAAACUGAAUUUGAAGGAUGAAUUUUUUUUUUGAUAUAUGAAUGUUGAUGAAUCAGAUGUUUGCAUUGUGGGUGUUGCACGUACUCCAAUGGGUGGCUUUCUCGGAUCUCUUUCAUCUUUACCUGCCACAAAGCUUGGAUCUUUAGCUAUUGCAGCUGCUUUGAAGAGAGCAAAUGUUGAUCCAGCUCUUGUUCAAGAAGUUGUCUUUGGCAAUGUUCUUAGUGCUAAUUUGGGUCAAGCUCCUGCUCGUCAAGCUGCUUUAGGUGCAGGAAUCCCUAACUCUGUUAUCUGUACUACAGUUAACAAGGUUUGUGCAUCAGGCAUGAAAGCGGUAAUGAUUGCUGCUCAAAGUAUCCAGUUAGGGAUCAAUGAUGUAGUUGUGGCGGGUGGUAUGGAAAGCAUGUCUAAUACACCAAAAUAUUUGGCAGAAGCAAGGAAGGGAUCUCGUUUUGGUCAUGAUUCUUUAGUAGAUGGAAUGUUGAAGGAUGGACUAUGGGAUGUCUAUAACGACUGUGGGAUGGGAAGCUGUGCAGAAUUAUGCGCUGAGAAGUUUCAGAUUACAAGGGAGCAGCAAGAUGACUAUGCAGUUCAGAGUUUUGAGCGUGGUAUUGCUGCCCAGGAAGCUGGCGCCUUCACAUGGGAAAUCGUCCCGGUUGAAGUUUCUGGAGGAAGAGGUAGGCCAUCAACCAUUGUUGACAAGGACGAAGGUCUUGGGAAGUUUGAUGCUGCAAAAUUGAGGAAACUCCGUCCUAGUUUCAAAGAGAAUGGAGGGACUGUUACAGCUGGAAAUGCGUCUAGCAUAAGUGAUGGUGCAGCUGCCCUUGUCCUAGUGAGCGGAGAGAAGGCUCUUCAGCUAGGACUUCUAGUAUUAGCAAAAAUUAAAGGGUAUGGUGACGCAGCUCAGGAACCAGAGUUUUUCACUACUGCUCCUGCUCUUGCUAUACCAAAAGCCAUUGCACAUGCUGGUUUGGAAUCUUCUCAAGUUGAUUACUAUGAGAUCAAUGAAGCAUUUGCAGUUGUAGCACUUGCAAAUCAAAAGCUACUCGGGAUUGCUCCAGAGAAAGUGAACGUAAAUGGAGGAGCUGUCUCCUUAGGACACCCUCUAGGCUGCAGUGGCGCCCGUAUUCUAAUCACGUUGCUUGGGAUACUAAAGAAGAGAAACGGAAAGUACGGUGUGGGAGGAGUGUGCAACGGAGGAGGAGGUGCUUCUGCUCUAGUUCUUGAGCUCCUUUGAUGCAUUAUGAAUCCAGGUUGGUAAACUAAAUAGAUGGAUCUAUCUCUCAUCCAACUUCCAUGAGUCAGUCAUUGCACUUUACGUUUUAUGUUAGUUGGUCUCUCAAUAAAGGAGUGAUCGUUGAUGUUGUUAAGUCUAUUUAUUUAUAUGAACUCGGCUUCUUUUUUUCUCUUACCGGUGACAGUCAGUUAUUGAAUCAUGGACCGAUUUACCGUAGUUAAUGAUUUAUCCUCAUGUACUCAUUAAAACGUCGACCAAGAUUUGACAUUUGAUGGAUAAAUUUAAGUACACAAUGUGUAUGUAAGACAAGAAAAUAAUAAUAAUUGGACAUUUCUGUA